AUGGCGGAAGGAAUAGACAGACGCGCCGAUGACCGCAUGGAGUUCAACACCUCCAAGGAGGUCACGGUGGCGCCGACCUUCGAGGAUAUGCAGUUGAAGGAGAGCCUUCUUCGUGGAAUUUAUGCUUACGGUUACGAGUCCCCCUCGGCCGUCCAGUCGCGUGCCAUUGUUCAGAUCUGCAAAGGUCGCGACACCAUCGCCCAAGCCCAGUCCGGUACUGGUAAAACUGCGACUUUCUCAAUCAGUACCUUGCAAGUGAUUGACACUGUCGUACGCGAGACCCAGGCUUUGGUCCUGUCCCCCACCCGUGAACUCGCAACCCAAAUCCAGUCCGUCGUUAUGGCCCUCGGUGACUACAUGAACGUUCAAUGCCACGCUUGCAUUGGUGGUACCAACGUCGGUGAAGACAUUCGCAAACUCGAUUACGGCCAGCACGUUGUCUCGGGUACCCCCGGCCGUGUCGCAGAUAUGAUCCGCCGCCGACACCUGCGCACCCGUCACAUUAAGAUGCUUGUCCUCGAUGAGGCCGAUGAGCUUCUCAACCGUGGUUUUCGUGAGCAGAUUUAUGAUGUUUACCGUUACCUCCCCCCGGCGACGCAGGUCGUCGUCGUCUCUGCUACUCUCCCCUACGACGUGCUGGACAUGACCACCAAGUUUAUGACCGAUCCCGUGCGCGUUCUGGUCAAGCGUGACGAGUUGACCCUCGAGGGUAUUAAGCAGUACUUCAUUGCUGUCGAGAAGGAGGAAUGGAAAUUCGACACUCUGUGCGAUCUCUACGACACAUUGACCAUCACCCAGGCCGUUAUCUUCUGCAACACCCGGCGCAAGGUCGACUGGCUGACUGACAAGAUGCGCGAAGCCAACUUUACCGUUUCCAGUAUGCACGGUGAGAUGCCCCAAAAGGAGCGUGACAGCAUUAUGCAAGAUUUCCGCCAGGGUAACUCCCGUGUCCUGAUUUCCACCGACGUGUGGGCUCGUGGUAUCGAUGUUCAGCAAGUUUCACUGGUCAUCAACUACGACCUCCCGACCAACCGUGAGAACUACAUUCACCGUAUCGGUCGUAGUGGUCGGUUCGGCCGCAAGGGUGUGGCUAUCAACUUCGUCACCAGCGAUGACGUCCGUAUCCUGCGUGACAUUGAGUUGUACUACUCGACCCAGAUCGACGAGAUGCCCAUGAACGUUGCGGAUCUCCUCUCAUAA